AUGGCUAGUGAAUCGGACUUCGCGAGUCUUAAAAAACGUCGUACGAUACUUAAAUCUGCAUGUACGCGGAUACGUACUUAUGUAGAUUCCGUCGAUACAAGCUCGCCUGCGACGAGAUCACAUAUCGAGGAACGUAAAGAUAAGUUAAAUCGGCACUGGGAGGAAUAUAAUAAUCUGCAAUCUCAGUUGGAAAUUAUUGACGAGGCGGAAGCUAAUGACAGAGUCGCGUUCGAACAGGCGUAUUACGAUUUGUCGGCUAGAAUGCGAGAUUUAAUAAGACCCGUUACAAGCGCAAUUCCUAUCGCGACGCCGUCUUCGUCAGCAACCGAUACACAAGCUUCGGGGUCAUCGUGUAGCUUUCGCUUGCCCAAGCUUGAUUUACCUAAAUUCUCAGGGUCAUAUGACGAGUGGUUCCCCUUCCACGAUUCUUUUGUCGCGAUCAUACAUGCAAACACAUCGCUUAGUAAUAUCCAUAAGUUACAGUAUCUGAGAGCCGCGGUUACGGGAGACGCGAGUGCAGUUAUUAACUCGCUCGAAAUUUUGGAUGUCAACUACGCCGUGUCGUGGGAACUUUUAAAAGAAAGAUAUGAUAAUAAGCGUACGAUAGUUCAGAACCAUAUCCGAGCAAUAGUCGAUCUCCCAGUAAUGCAUAAGGAAAACGCCGCCGAAUUACGGCAAAUUACGGAUAGCGCUACGCGUCACGUACAAGCGCUACGCGCCUUGAAACGUCCGACAGACCAGUGGGACGAUAUCUUAGUGUAUAUUGUCGGUUCUAAAUUUGAUACGAACACGGCUCGUGAAUGGCAAUCUACACUCGAGGGCUCGGAAUUGCCCACCUUGAAGCAAUUAUUUGACUUCUUGUCGCAUCGAUGUAGAGUUCUGGAAUCAACAGAUAAAUCAGCUAGUUCCGCAUCGAAACCUGCCCAUUUGCGAUCAAAUACAAAUAAACAAAGGGCAUCUUGCAAUAGUGCUUUCAAGGCGAAGUGUGAAUAUUGCCAAGGCGCACACUUCAUGUAUCAAUGCACUCAAUUUUUAGCACUUCCAAUCCCUAAGCGAAUAGCAGAGACAGCACAGUCUGAUCAGUCGAAAUCUGAGGGUGUCGAAAAAGAAGCAGUUUCUUCAACGAAAACGGCAUCUCCUGAUGCAGUGACCGCACAUGCCACAAGCAUGUCUAAAA